AUGUCGAAAAUAGCCCUCCGCAAGAUGAGGAUAUGGCUCGUCAUCCUCACAACCACAACCCUCCUCCUCAUCACCGCCCAAUACUCCUACCUCGCCAAGAUCUUCUACCCUAUCCUGCCUAUCCUGUACUGGGAAGAAUGGGUCGCCAUCUUCUCCGUCGUCAUCCCCUUCUUCUCCUACAUCUACGCCCUCAAAUCCACCCGGCCCCCCAAACUCCACAAGUUCCUCCGUGCCUUCUUCAUGCUCAUCCCAACAGUGUUGAACAUGUAUGUCCAUUUCGACUACCUGGCCACAUUGGCUGCCGAGACUGUGCUGAGACCUUUAUCACCCAGUUUGCUGUCAGUUGUGACAAAGCGUUUCUGGACGCCCACCGAAGUGGUUGUUACAAGCUCUAAUGGGCGCAUUAGAAACGUUAGCUUCAGCGUGAAUAUGUCAGGCCGGGAUCUUGGUUCUCUCGAUGCACCCUCUCGAGACACGCCUGACGAAGGUCUGUUGUCGCUUUUGUCUGAUUCACCCUACUUUAAAUUGCUGUCUUCCACAAGCUGGGUCGAGAUUCCGCAAGACGAGUACCUCCCAAAAGUGUGGGACGAGCUACUUUAUGGCUGUUGGUUUCUAAAUCCGGCCUUGAGAUACGCCACGGCUGUUCUGUUCGCAGGCUGUGUAAUCUUCAAUCCCCGCAAUAAGAACGGAGCUAUUUGUCUGGUUGCAGAAUCAUACGGACGAGAUCCCGGUGUUGAUAUUCAUCGAGAAAAGGCUGUUAGCGUCGGUGAUAGCGUUUCAUCGAUCUCACAGCCUUCAACAUUGGGGUUAUACCCUCACGCCACCAUAUGUCGCAUCCAACAUGACAAGUUAGACCAUCGUCUCGUCAUUGGUUGCAAGGGCUUCAACCUCCUUGUCACUCAGCUUUGGCGAUUGGGCAAGGACUCCCCGUCCGAACGCGCGUUCACUGCAGGGUGUUGUUCCAGCGCCUUUCCCCUCUACGGAAGCAGCGACAUCCGAAUCUUCAUCGAUCAGCGCUCUCUUGACCGGGCGUCGAAAAUUGCCUCCCACGAAAUCACUCCACGGUUCGAAGUCGAAAACCUCCGACAGCUUCGAUCCCGCUUUUGUUGGAGGGAGACCUAUCUGAUGGCGCGGGCGUCCAGCCAUUUUAUCAGAACCAUGAUGUUGGCGAAAGUGGUCACGGUGUUCACGUUGGGUAUUGUCUCGCAGGGAUCAGGAGAUGCUUGUUUGGUGUCGUCGUUUCUGGGCCGUCUCGCCAAGGAAGUGCACGUACAAGGAGAAGAAACCGUUUUGAAAAAGGAGUUGGUGUCGAAUCUGUUAAGUCAGGUUAAGAUUGGCAAGGACGUUGAAAAGCUCCUUCGGGAGAUCUUGGAAUUGUUUCAAGACAAUGAAGAGAUAAGGAUUUUUGAUCGGAAAAGAUCCCUUGGCCUGGAGGAGUUGUUGAAUUCGCUUGCUGAUCAUGUCUACGGUGGUCUGAAGAAUUGCAAUGAAAAGGUGGUUGUCCCGCAGCUGACACAGGAGAUGGCCCGGCUUUCCUGGUAG